UCAGAUAAACGUAGAAUUGAAUAAUCCUUCUCCUCUGCUGCUCUUCUCCAUUUUGUCGUUUUCGUGAAAAUUCGAUCGACGCAGUUUCUGUUGUGUUGUAUUAGAAGGCACUGGUAAACCAUCAGGAUGCCGGGUUUCAGCAGUGUGGGGACAUUCAAGAUCUUUGUUGGAAAUCUGUCUGACAAAACUGUAUCAGCUGAUAUAAAACCACUGUUUGAAAAGUAUGGAAAAGUCGUGGAAUGUGACGUUGUGAAGAAUUUCGGAUUUGUGCACAUGGAGAAUGAAGAGUCGGGGAGGGAUGCCAUUCAAAACCUGAAUGGAUACUUGGUUCAUGGGUCAGCCAUGAAAGUGGAAGCAGCUACCAGCCGGAAGGGACCAAACACACCAACAACAAAGAUAUUUGUGGGGAACUUAUCUGACAACACCAGAGCUCCCCAGGUCAGAGCCCUGUUUGCCAAGUAUGGGACAGUCGUGGAGUGCGACAUUGUGCGAAACUAUGGAUUUGUGCAUAUUGACUCUGCCGAUGUCAACAAAUGUAUUGAGGAAUUGAAUGGGUCAAUGGUAGAUGGUCAGCCCAUGAAGGUGCAGGUAUCCACCAGCAAGGUCCGCCAAAGACCAGGGAUGGGCAAUCCAGAGCAGUGCUACAGAUGUGGACGUGGAGGUCAUUGGUCGAAAGAGUGUCCAAAAACUGGAAUGGGACCAGACCGCUUCCGUGACAGGAUGUUUGGUGGACGUGACCCUUACCCUCCACCCCCACCACCUCCGUUCCUGCGUGACAGGAUGCUCAGUGGAGGAUUUGGAAAGGACAGCUAUUACGACCGCUACUAUGACAGGCCGAGCAGCCGCUUCGACGAAAGAGAUUCAUUUGAGAGGCGUUACCCACCUCUGCCUCCCCGCGACCUGGGACCACGACGAGGUGACUUCAUGCCUCCCCCGCCCUCCAUUCCACCUCGAGGCCCGCGUGACUCCAUGGCUCUAGGUCUACGUGGUCCACCCGACUCCUUCGACAGGACCGGUGACUACAUGUUCAGCCGGCGUUCCCCCCCUCCUUCUACUGAUAGAUAUGGCCACCUCUAUGAUGAUUAUACAAGAGAUUCAUAUGAUGAUCGCAGAAUCGGCCUGCGUGGAGGCUCGCCGCGCCGGUACACUCCCUAUUAAGGCUUUGUUCGCUCGGCCCGGUUACGGUGAACAAUACGGAGACCCGUGACGUUGCCGAGGACGACCGUUCCAUAGGAUUUAGAAUUUAAAUUUUAUUUAAAAUCUACACUAUCGUGUUGAUUGAUAUUAGUCAUAAGUCAGUAUAAUUAUUGCAUGUUUGUUAACAUAUUGAGUUUUUUUAUUGUGUCGAUGUGAGAUUUUAUUUUUGUAAAUAGCAAUUCCUUGAUUUCAAAAUCAUUUGAAUUAGGGGACUUGGUAUUUUAGCUAGCGGUUACAUUAUAUUAUUAUGCAACCGUAAGAUUCACAAGCAAGAAUGAUUAUUGUUUCUUAUCAUUAGUUGACACUUCUUGUAGGCAACUUUGUAUUGUAGUCUCGUACAAUAAAUAUCCGUGCGGCUUCUUGAAAGUUCAAAGUCGUCUUCGGAGAAAAUAUUGUAUUGUGUUGUACUGAACAAUGCUUUUAUAUGUAACAACCGAUGAGAUGUUAGCCACCUUUGUCUUUGAAUAAAUAAAUGAACAUGGAACAGUC